ACACACUGUCAUAGUCUGGUGUCUCUAGAAGUGCCCACUCUUUUCUAACAUUCUUUCUCCUCCUUCCUCGUGAAUUCUCUAUCUUUUCUUCUUUAGCAGUUUUGAUCUGAGAGAAAAACCCACUUCUUCUUCUCCUCUUCCCUUCUUCUUUAUCAGAAAGAAAACCACUCCUUGGUCUUGAUUCUUCUACUUGUGUUAUUUGAUCUGAGAAAGCCAUUUCUCUCUUCUUACUCUUCUCUUUCUGUAGUUUUGAUCCUGCCAAUGCUCGUUUGUGAUUCCGCUUUACUCUGCAGUUCUGGUGUGAUAUAACCCAGCUGUCCUUCUUCCUCCAUUACUUGUGGAAUUGUAUUCUGAGAAAAACCCACUUCUUACUAUUCUUCCUCUCUUUCCAUUACGUGUGUAAUUCUAUUCUGGAAGACACCCACUUCCUCUUUUCCUUCUUCUUCUUCCAUUACAAUUGCAAUUUUCAUAAAAACCCAAUUCUUCUUCUUCUUCAUCCUAGUUGAAAACCAGUUCUUCUUUUCGGAUUUUGAUUAGAACAUAAGCCCUUCCGUAACCUCAAUCUCAAACAAACCUGUUUCAUUUUUCUCCAACUUCAAUUGCAAUCAAACCCAUUUGUUUCUUCCUCUUAACCAAAUUUCAAUUUUAAAGAAAACCCACCUCUCCGUCUCUCUAAAUUUUGAUCCAAAACACGACAAUACAUAUUAUCAAAAGAGCAAAAAAACCGUCAAUGGACAUUCAUCAUCAGCACCAACAACAAAACCAGGUGACCAAACCCCAGCCGUUGGAUCAACCCCACGAACACCUCCGAUGCCCUCGAUGCGACUCCACGAACACCAAGUUCUGCUACUAUAACAACUACAACCUCUCUCAACCUCGCCAUUUCUGCAAAAAUUGCAGGCGUUAUUGGACCAAAGGAGGAGCUCUUCGUAACAUCCCAAUAGGAGGGGCAACUCGAAAAACCACAAAACGUUCUUCUUCUAAGCCAAAACCACCAUCCAAAUCCGUUAUUUUACCAGAAAUGACGCCCUCUAUGCCUGAAAUAUCGGCCACCACAGCGGCUGAUAUGUUUGAAACUUCGGGCGAAAUAACGGGGACGUUCAGUUCUUUGUUGGCUGCUAACGGUGGUUUUGGGGGCCUUGGAGAGCCUUGGUGGAAUGGCGGUUUUCAGAGGGUGGGUGGUUUUGAGGAAGGCGGUCUCAUGCAAGGUAGUUUUGUGAGAGGCGGUAUUGGGUCAUUGCAGGAGUGGUUGGGUGGUGGAAUUUGUGAGCCGUGGAUGGUGGAGACUGAAGGGUUGGAUGCCAACUGUUGGUCUGCUGGUUCAGGUCUACAGUGAAUUACUUUUGUGACAUUUUUCUUUUUUGGAAUUUGUGAAGGAAACCCAUACCUUUCUCUGUUUUUUUUUUGGGUUUUUUGGGGGUUAAAAUUUGAUUGAUGAAAGGGAGGGAUAGGAUACUCUUUUGGUCUUUAUUUGGGUUUUUGGUGUUUUUUAAAUUUUAAUUUUGGAAAUGAUGAGAGAAGAGUGUAUGUACAAGGUGGGUUUUUGGGGUUAUGGACUUAGGAUUGUGGCCGUAUCUCUUCACUUGUUAAUUUAUUAUAUUUUGUGGCUGAGUGAAAAAUAUUAUAAAUUUACAUAUGAGGUGAUGAUGUAUUGUGAUCAUGUUGUGUAAU